CAUCUCCACUUUAUAUCGGAAUGUUUUUGUUAGAAAUAGAAAGUGAAGGCAGAUGUUGAUUCCAUUUCUCUUGCAUUUUUAAUGAACAACGAGUUCGUUUGUAAAUCUCCAAUACAAAAAGAGUGCCAGUUUUAAGACAGUGCCUUAAGACCAACCAUGGCAGAAAAUGAUGAAACAAAGCUUUGCUCAAACUGCAAAAAGCAGAUUUCAGCCAACAAUUUCGUUAUGCAUGAGAUGCAUUGUCGAAGGCAUAUUGGUCUGUGUGAGCAUUGCAAAGAGCCAUUCCCUAGGAAUGAGAUGGAGGCACAUUUUCAAGAGAGUCACGCCAAGAUAAAGUGUCCAAAAUGUAGCACAGAAGUUGAGAUCAUGCAUUUGGAAGAUCAUGAGGAAAAUGACUGCCCUAAAAAGCCAAUGACUUGCAUUUACUGUGAACUGGAAUUCCCUAAAUGUGACUUGAAUAGCCAUUUAGACUACUGUGGCAGCAGAACUGAGCCCUGUCCCAAAUGUGGGGUCUUCAUCAUGCUGAAAGAACAGCAAAAGCAUGAGGAACAAAACUGCCAGAAGCCUGUUGUAAAUAAUAACAGAUCUGACGGCGCACCUCAAAGACCUAACAGAAAUAUUGGGGUCACGAAUAAUGACAUUGGUAGAAAUCCAUAUGACCUUGAAGCAAUGUCAAGAAUGAUCGGGAGCUAUUUUAGGGAUGCGGAAGCUGCGAAUAAUGCUCAAUCAUCUGUGGUCCCUAAAAGAACCAUAUCUUCAAGAAGGCCUGUGGAAGAAAAAAAGAUACCUAAGGUUACGAAUAAGACUUCAAAUGCAUCAAGGAAGAGAGAGGAGGCCCCUGCUGACAGAGGGGAGAGUGAGUAUGACCGAAUGUUGGCAAUGCAGCUGGCAAACGACCUUAACAACACCCAGGAUCUCCAUCGGAUGGUCGAGGCAUUUGAGAAACCAACGUCUCCAGUGGAUAGGAUGUAUGAUGCCACUCUUACUGAUACUUAUGAUGUGAACUCGUUUUCUGAUGUGCCAAUACCAUGUGAGUUUUGUGGAGUGAUGUGUAUUGCAGAUGACUUGGUCCUACAUCAGAGUGAAUGUUCACUCGACCGUAUCAGCUCCAUGUUGCCAGAUCGAGAGGGCAUAUCCUCAGAUGAGCCCAAUAACACUACAGGAGUGGUUGGCGGGAAUGAGGGCGUGGCCAUGUAUAGAGAUAUACAGUCCCCAUUGGUCCAGGAGCCUGCCUUUAUUGACAACCUCAGGAGAUUCAGGGGAGAUGAUUGGCCUGGGGAGAGUGUAUAUGCUGGAGGGGACCAUCUGGACCAGAAUGGCUUGGACAUGACACUGCCCUGUGAGUUCUGUUUGGAACAGUUCCCGAUGGAUGUCCUUAUACAACAUCAGGCCAUGUGUGAUAGUAACAGAACAGUGACUCCAAUGCCUCCAAAGUCACCCACCGGUCAACCGAGGAGAAAAACUGGCAUGUAUAAUGCCCAGAGACUCACUUCAGAGUUCCCAAACCUGAGAAACCGAGGUCCUCCUCCCCCCACAUCCCUUCUCACCCACACCGACAGUAGUGAUGACGAUACCAACCCUAUACAACGUCGUCAAGUGACUGUUACACACAAGGUGCAAAGACCUAAGCCAGCUGUGGCAAGAAAUGGUGCUAAGGGUAAUGCUAGUAACCCACUGAGUUCUAUAUCAACAAAUUCAUCUACAAUCUCCCCGAGUCAAGAAAUACGAACUGUGUUAAAGAAAUAUGGGGUUGAAUCUACUGACAGGGGAGACUACUAUACAAGGCAAGGGAGCUCAUCCAGACAAAGUAAUGAUGCCACAUCGGAUUCCUGGCUUCAGCCCAGCUCAAAGAGUACUGAAGCAAGCAGGAAACCGGUGCAGGUGGGGUCAAGAACUAGGAGAACUUUGGACAAUCUUCUCAGUGAUCCUAAUGACAGGUCGUCACAUGACCUUUUGGGCCAUAUAGGAGCUGCCAGCAGGAAAAAUGACGUGAAUUCAACAAGACAGAAUGUGACUGUGUCAAAAACAAAUACGAGAGGUGUACCGAAGGUGCGAACGUCAGCUCGAGAUGUACAGAAAGAGUUUUCAUUUAAACCGCCGAGUACCUCAGGGACGGGCGCUGGGGUAAAUGGAAUAAAUAGGUCAGGUCAUCCAGGAUUUGAGGUGCGCGUUCGACCUGCCCAGGCUGAAGAGACAUCAGACCUUGUGAGGCAGAGAAUCAGAGCCAACAAUGUGUUUGCAGGCCCGACAGGAAAAUCUUCAAGUACUGCCGGCAAGAAGAAAGACAACAGAUGAACUGACUCGCAUUAUAUGCAAUACAAAACAUUCCAUUAACUUCUUGCCUGUGAUAGAUAACAAUGAUACUGCUUUAUCAUAAACUAUGAUACCAUACGUCUGUGUCAUCCUAUACCGUGAUACCAUACAUCUGUGUCAUCCUAUACCGUGAUACCAUACGUCUGUGUCAUCCUAUACCAUGAUACCAUACAUCUGUGUCAUCCUAUACCGUGAUACCAUAUGUCUGUGUCAUCCUAUACCAUGAUACCAUAUGUCUGUGUCAUCCUAUACCGUGAUACCAUACGUCUGUGUCAUCCUAUACCGUGAUACCAUACGUCUGUGUCAUCCUAUACCGUGAUACCAUAUGUCUGUGUCAUCCUAUACCGUGAUACCAUACGUCUGUGUCAUCCUAUACCGUGAUACCAUAUGUCUGUGUCAUCCUGCAUUAUGAUACCAUACUUUUGUGUCAUCUUACAAUAUGAUACUAAACAUCUGUGUCAUCCUGCACUAUGAUACCAUACAUCUAUGUCAUCCUACAGGAUGAUACCAUAUGUUUGUGUCCUCCAAUAAUAUGAUGCCAUACGUCGGUGUCAUCCAAUAAUACAAUACCAUACUUCAAAUUUUUGUGUCAAAAAGAAAUAUAUCUCUGAUCUGAUUGGUGUUACUGUUUUGGGUUAGGGUAAGGGUUAUGGUUAGCCUAGGUUAGGUUAUAUGUAACUGAAGAAUGGAUGUACAUUGUUAAGAUUCAUUUGAAAUUAACAUUCAGUCAUUAAGUUGGGGUUUUUUUUCGAAAAAAUAUAGUAGAGUUGUUGUCGUAAGGGUUGGUUUGCAAAAACUUGAACAGGGGCCGUAACUCAAAAGUGUUCAAGAUAUUGUCAUGAAAUUUGGUACACAUGUUGCCUGUGACAAUAUGAACAUGAUCAAGAAGGCCCAAAACUGUGGUCUUAUUAAUUAAGUUGUUCCCUUUGUUUGACUGGAAACAACAUUUUACAGGAGUUUACGUUUGUUCCAUGGGGAUUUUGUUACAUAUAUGUGUGAAAGAAACACAUAAACUGUUCAUUUAAGAGAAUUUAUUAUUUUGAUGAUGUAAGUUUUCAUGUCUGCAAGUUCCUAAUAUGCCAUAUUUUUCUAACUUGUGAAAUGCAGAGUUUGUGUUUAUAUUUUCUUCCUGAGUUAAUCAUCAUUUGUUACUUGUGUUUUAUUGAAGAAGCAUAAUUCUGUAUUUCUGUACAUGCAGGGUAUUUGUCCAGAACAGCGGUGGAUGGCUUUGCUCUCAAUUUUUAAGAGUCAUUUUCCUUAUUAGAGGAGAUAUUAAAAAAGGAUACCACAGAAUAAAAAAUAAACACAAUAAUGAUCAAUUUCAUUUAAGACUUCUUUCCAAAAUGAAAAGGAUUUAUAGCCAGGCCUGAUUGAUAAGCAGACGUGAUUUAAGCCCAAUUAAACCUGGUAUCAAAUUAGAAAGGGGAGUUUGGGGCUGUUUCAGGGGUGAGGGGAAUCACUAUUAUUUUUACAGUGGGAAUGAAGCCGACUGGAGCUUCAAAACACCCUUGAAGACAUGUUGGCCCAGAAAAAUGUUCAAAUUUUCAAGAAUCAUGUUAAUAAAAUAGUUCAAAACUGGUACAAGGAAUCAAUUGUUCGAUUGUAGUGAUUUGUUUAUACUGUAGUCUGCUUAAUUUUCAUUUCCUGCACAAUUGUGACAUUACCAUGCACAGUGACUUCACUGAUCAAAGAAGUAUUUUGAUCAAGUAGUUAUGUUUUCAUGCGAAUGCUAGUAGCCUCAUGUCUUUGCUCUCUUCAAGUGCCUAAUUACUGCCUAAUUGAUUAUUAUAUAUUGUCAUUUUGAAGGCCAAGAAGCCCUGAUGAUGCUUUAUGUUGAAGUGUUUCAUUUUUAUCAGUUCUUUUUUAUCAGUUCUACCAUCUUUUGUGUGUGGUACUAGGGCAAGAAACAGGGCUGAAUAUCAAAAAAUAUUUAAGUCAUAUCUUUUAAGUCUCUGUCUUAACUGAUUUUGCCACACAUCUUAAAAAGUAAUUGUAUGUUACGUUUUUAUAGCACAUUAUAUAAUAAUAUGAUGGUUAAAGCUUUGUGCAAGAUUCCUAAGAAAAAAUAUUGUACAAAACAAAGUGUGAUUGAGAAAUACUCAUUGUCUUUAAAACACUUACGUACAUUAAAAUUGUGUUGCUCCAGAAUACUUUUUUUUUGAAAUAUUGAAAAAAUGUUUUUAUCAACACAUUCUAUUAGAAAGUGUGUUUCUAAAAAGAGCAAAAAGAUUUUGAAUCAUACUUUGCUUUAUAGGGUAAAAUUGGGUGAGAUUGAGAUUCAACAUUUUUGUGAUAUUGGGCCCAGUUCUAAUCAUUCAUUUCUAUAUACACUCAAUGUUCAUUGAUGUUUAAUAAGUUACACCUCCCAUUUUGUUUAUACCCCCACCAAAUAGUAUAGGUAAUACAGCUUUUGAGUACAUGAUAUGAAUCAUGGUGUUUUAUUAAUCCUUAUGUUUUGUUUUUUUGAUUAUGGCAUUGCCUAUUUUUAUUUGAAAAUAUAUUUAUUGAAGA